AUGGGUCAUUCGGUUGAUGCUUCGCUAAAUUUACAUAACGUGCGCAAUAAAUGCAAAGCAUGCGCAAAUGGUGAUAACGUUCUGCUCCUUGAGUAUUGUGAAGCAUAUACGGAGGUUUUUAAACUUCUCGUAUACUUUGGAAAUCUUUUUUAUUUCGUGACCAGUGAUGUCAAUCACGAAAUUUCGGAACUCCGCAACCUGUAUGCGGCAGAUAAAAUUAAUUAUAAAUCUGUCGAGCAAAUGGCUGUUUAUGAGGAAAGGCAGAAUGAACACCUUCCAGUUAAAAAGCGGAAAUGCGUCGGGUCCCGGACACUUCUCCGACUCCACCGGGCUCUUCUCUUUGUGAUUGAUUUAAUGCAUGAAGUUUGCAGAGCGCCACCGGAUGAACAAUUGAAGUUUAUUGCUCGGUCAGUGUACGACAAAACCCUCUCUGAAUAUCAUUCAUGGCCUAUUAGGAAAGCUGUUGGAGUUGCUGUUUAUGCUCUUCCUACGCGGGAACAUUUGGUUCAUCAUAUCGUCCAAUCUCAACCCCCUGGGAGUGGUUUGCUUACAAAUGAACAAUGUGCAGAGUUUCUCACUUCACAUGCUUUACCUGUAGUGCGCAAGGUAUAUGACUGUAUUCAAGCUAUUUUCGAGAAACACGAUAUGCUAAAUUUACCAUAG